UGUUAACCCCCGUCCGUUUCGCUACCCUUCUCUUCCCCGCAUCUCUCUCCCUUCUUCCUUCCUCUGCUUCUCAAUUCCCCUACGCCGCCGUCGUCGCCGCCUUCGCGAUCUCGUCCCUUUUUUUUGCCCUUUACUGCUUAACUCGACUUGUCGAUUGCUGGGGCGCCGGCUUGCCCCUUUUAGGACCGAUCUCGCCUUUCCCACGGCUGUUUGUUUGGGAGAAUCUUUCGCCGUUUUACUUAUUGUAGUGUUCUUACGUUUCACGGAGCCGAAAAUUUGGAAGCUGUAGCGACGGGCUGUGGGAUUGAAAGGGAGGACUCAUGGCCGAUUGGGAUGAAGAAGAUUUUGAACCAGCAGUUCCAGGUUUAGCCACUAAUCAGCCAAAGACCCAGUGGGACGAUGAGGAUGUGGAAGAUGCACAUGUUAAAGAAUCCUGGGAGGAUGAAGAAGAUAGUGUAGAGGCACCAAAGCCAGAACAAGAGGCAAAAACUACUGCUUCAAAGGCAGGCCCCAAAAGUGCAGGGAAGAAAGACAAAUUGCCUGAAGCUAAGACAUCUAAUGUAGCUGAUGAUGUUCUAGCAGAUCCUGUUGCUGAGAAACUUCGCCAACAAAGACUUGUUGAAGAAUCUGAUUACAAGUCAACUGCAGAGUUGUUUGCCAGGAAAGGUGAUCAGAAGACCCUAGACAACUUUAUUCCUAAGUCGGAGAAUGAUUUUCUAGAAUACGCCGAGCUGCUUUCUUAUAAAAUUUGCCCUCAUGAGAAAAGUUUUCAUUACAUUGGCCUUCUUAAAGCAAUCUUGAGGCUUUCUAUGACUUCACUAAAAGCAGCAGACGCGAAAGAAGUAGCGGCCUCAGCUUCUGCAAUUGCAAACGAGAAGCUCAAGGCAGAAAAGGAAGCCAAUGCAGGAAAGAAAAAGCAAGGUGCAAAGAAAAAACAGCUUCACGUAGACAAGGCUGAUGAUGACUACAGUGCUACUGAUGGUUAUGAUGGUGUGGAUGAUUAUGAUUUCAUGUGAGAAGUCUAGUGCGUUCCGUGUACUAUUCGAUGUGUUUACUCGAGUCGGAGUGGGAAAAAACAAGCGCAUCUCCAUUUAAAUGGGCCUAGGCUUUUCGAGUUGCGCCUAAGUUGCAUUAGUAUUUGUUGCCUGAUAAAGCUAUAAAAAGUUCCAUGAUUGAGAUUAUUUUGACCUUGGGUCGAACUAUUCACAUGUUACGUUGCUAUUCAAUGGAGAAGAAAAAGAGUUUAAUUGUUCA